AUGAAUGAAAGACUUUCAUCAUUUGACCCAAUCAUCCCAUCAAAACCUUUAAUUCUCAUUUUAGGUUCAAUGCCAGGCACUGAAUCUCUCAAAAAACAACAAUACUAUGGACACCCACAGAACUGUUUUUGGUCAAUCAUUUCAUCGUUAAAAUCAAUGACAAGUGUUCCACCAAGAUAUGAACAUAGAAUUGAACUAAUUAAAUCAUGUCAAAUUGCACUAUGGGAUGUGUGUUGUCAAUGUGAACGAAAAGGUAGUUUAGACAGUGAUAUAAAAGAGGUAAAACCAAAUAAAAUAAACAAAUUAUUAAUUGAGCAUCCAACAAUCAAAACAGUUCUUUUCAAUGGUCAAGGACCUUCAAAACUGUAUCAUAAAUUCUUUAAAGAAUUACCUAAUAUUAAAUAUAUUAUAAUGCCAGGUACAAGUCCUGCAAAUGCACGUACUAAAAAACAAACUAAAAUUGAAAUAUGGAAAAAACAAAUGUUUGUAAUAUAA